AUGGCCUUUGGCAAGAUCUACUCCUACGAGGUAAGCAGACGUCCGCCUGUUGAUUCAUGCCCCACCGCCCGAUAUGAGUGAGCCACCUUUUUAAAUAGCGGCAACAUCCUCUGCUCUUCCCAAGAUCGUGUCUAACAUAUGCAUCUUAACACAGGGCAACCCUCGUACCACCGCUCUCCUCGCUGUCGCUAAGGCCAACAACCUCGACAUCGAACUCGUCCCCACGGAGCCGGCCAAGGGUGUGAGCGAUGACUACAAGAAGCUGAACCGCCUGGGAAAGAUCCCAACUUUCCAGGGCGCUGAUGGUUACGUCCUCACUGAGGCCAUUGCCAUUGCCAUUUACCGUGAGUCUUUCCGCAUACAAUGAAGCCCUACAAAGGAACCCUUCCUUUCACACCGCGAGGAUGAAAGAUCAAUAUUUUCAGUUAUCCCUGUCUGAAGACUACUGUUGAGAACGUAUUCACACUCUGAUUGCACCACUCAUACAACACUCCCAUAUCAGCAACUUGGUGGAGAUUAGCUGCUGACCCGAUCGAAUAGUCACCUCCCAGAACGAGAAGACCACCCUCCUCGGCAAGACCAAACAGGACUACGCUUCCAUCCUCCGAUGGAUGUCCUUCGCCAACACCGAGCUCCUCCCUGGCCUCGGUGGCUGGUUCCUCCCGCUCAUCGGCCGUGAACCAUACAACAAGAAGAACGUCGAUGCUGGCCAGAAGCGCACCACGGACAACAUCAGGGUCCUCGACGACCAUUUCCUCGUGAACACCUACCUCGUCGGUGAGCGCCUCACCCUCGCCGAUCUCUUCACCGCCGCCAUCCUGCGCCGCGGAUACGAUUACUUCUUCGACAAGGAGUGGCGCUCGCAGAAUGUCAAUGUUCACCGUUGGUACGAGACCGUUGCCAACCAGGACAUCUUCAAGGCUGUCGCUGGCGAGGCCAAGUUCAUCGAGAAAGCUAUUCCUAACACCCCACCAAAGAAGGAGAAGGAGGAGAAGCCAAAGCAGGAGCAGAAGAAGCAGGAGAAGAAGAAGAAGGAGGAGGUUGCCGCCGAUGACGAGGAGGACGAGCCUGCCCCGGCACCAAAACCAAAGCACCCUCUUGAGGCUCUUCCAAAGCCCACCUUCGUCCUCGAUGACUGGUGAGUCACAAUCGCCUUCAUAGGGAAAUCACAAAACUGACAAGGAUAUAGGAAGCGCAAGUACUCCAACGAGGAGACCCGUGAGGUCGCUCUACCGUGGUUCUGGGAGAACGCCAAGUUUGACGAGUACUCGCUGUGGAAGCUGGACUACAAGUACAACGACGAGCUCACCAUGACCUUCAUGACCUCCAACCUGGUUGGUGGUUUCUUCACUCGCCUCGAGGCCAGCCGCAAGUACAUCUUCGGCGCUGCCUCCGUCUACGGCGUCACCAACGACAGUGUCGUCCAAGGCGCCUUCAUCGUCCGCGGCCAGGAAGCUCUUCCAGCCUUCGACGUCGCUCCCGACUACGAGAGCUACGAGUUCACCAAGCUCGACCCAUCCAAGCCAGAGGACCGCGAGUUCGUCAAUGACCAGUGGGCCUGGGACAAGCCGAUCACCGUCGACGGCAAGGCCUACGAGUGGGCCGACGGCAAGGUGUUCAAGUAA